CCGCAGACGAUGGCACGCAGUUUCGUUUUUUUAUAUAAAUCUCGUUUCUCAUUCAGUUGUGCAUACGAACAUAUCGACUAUCUCUCAACAUAUUCUCUCUCAACAUCCAACGAAAAUGAAUCCCGGCGAAGACACCAAUAGUUCUAGUUCAUCUGAUUCCGGUCGUUCGAUUGACGAAGCAUUAGAUGCAGCCGUUGAAGAGGCCAUGGCGGCAUGCUAUUCGCAAAUGCAGCGCGAGAAGGCGGCGGCUGCAGCGGCGGCUGAGCAAGUCCAUCGUCCUAUUCGACAUCGGACGUAUGUCCGACGCAACCACGAGGAAGCUCACAGGCGUCUGGUUGAAGACUAUUUUGCCGAUCAACCACGUUGGGGCCCGACUGUUUUCCGCCGCUGGUUUCGAUUGUCGAGGUACCUUUUUCUCAGCAUUGUUCGUACAUUGUCUUCACGUGAAGAAUACUUCACGUUUCGGGAGGACGCCAUCGGGAAACCCGGCCUUACACCAUUGCAAAAGUGCACGACUGCUAUUCACGUUUUGGGAGGACGCCAUCGGGAAACCCCACUGCUGAUGGUCUUUAAUUAUCAUUACCAAACUUUUCUCCUUUAUUUGCAUUGGUAUGUUCUACCAUGAUCUAAUUUGCACUGGGGCUUAAAGAAACAAUAUUACCAGUUCAAUUCAAUGUAAAGAUUCAUAUAAUCACAUGAGUUUUUAACUUUUAAUAGACUUCAUCAACUCGUUGGCAAGAAAUCUAGAUUUUUGUGAUAGCCUCAAGUUUUUUACUCAUUUCAUGUUCACACAAGACAAAACACUUCAUAAAUACUCAAUCCAAAUAAAUUCAAUUCACAUCCAAAUUCUGAAAAAAAUGGACUUGACAUUCUUAACCACACUCAUCUUCUUCAUACUUGUCCCUCUUUCUCUCUUCAUCUUCACCAAAUCAAAAACCACAUCCAAAAAUAACUCACCAAAGCCACCAAAAUCAUAUCCAAUCGUUGGCUCAUUCUUCACAAUAGUGAAGAACAAAGACAGGUUCGUGCAGUGGUCAUCAGAGAUAGUCACAAACUCCCCCAACUUAACCUUCUCCAUCCACCGCAGCCUCGGCCGUUGGAUCGUCUUCACGGCCAACCCGGCCAACGUGCAGCAUCUCCUCAAGGACAACUUCCACAACUACGAGAAGGGGGACUUCUUCAAGGUCACCUUGAGAGACUUUCUCGGCGACGGCAUAUUCAACUCCGAUGGCCAGACAUGGAAGUUCCAACGGCAGGUCGCCAGCCAUGAGUUCAACACGAAGUCCCUGCGCAAGUUCGUCGCGAACGUGGUGGACUCCGAGCUCUCCGAGCGCCUCAUCCCCAUCUUGAGAAAGGUGGCGGCCGAGAAAACUGUUAUUGAUUUUCAGGACAUUCUGCAGAGGUUUGCUUUCGACAACAUUUGCAAGAUCGCGUUCGGUUAUGAUCCCGGAUACCUGUCGCCGUCUCUGCCUAAAGAGAAGUUCGCGGUCGCUUUUGAAGCGUCCGUGAAGCUGUCGAGUGAGCGGUUCACCUCGUUCAUCCCUUUGAUCUGGAAAAUCAAGAAGGGGAUGAAUAUCGGAUCAGAGAAGCAGCUCAAGGUAGCUAUAGGCGAAGUACGAAACUUCGCGAAGGAAUUAAUCCGGGAGAAAAAGAGAGAGCUUGAGCAUAAGUCAUCUCUGGAGUCAGUCGAUCUCCUCUCGAGAUUCUUGAGCUCAGGCCAUUCGGAUGAAAACUUCAUCACUGAUAUAGUGAUAAGUUUCAUUCUAGCAGGCCGAGACACGACUUCUGCAGCCCUCACGUGGUUUUUCUGGUUGCUUUCGGAUCAUAAAGAAGUGGAGGAUGAGAUUCUGAGAGAGAUCAAUGGAGCAGCAUCAGAAGGAGCAUCGGCUUAUGAUGAGGUGAAGGACAUGGUGUACACUCACGCUUCGAUUUGCGAAAGCAUGAGGCUUUAUCCUCCGGUUCCUACAGAUAGCAAAGAAGCUAUGGGUGAUGAUGUUUUGCCUGAUGGAACAGUUGUGAAGAAGGGCAUGAGAGUGGCGUAUCAUCCGUAUGCUAUGGGGAGAGUUGAGAAGGUGUGGGGUAAAGACUGGGCGGAUUUCCGCCCCACGCGGUGGCUGGAGAGGGCGGAAGGCGGUGGUGAAAAGUGGAGUUUCGUAAACAGGGAUAGCUUCACAUACCCGGUGUUUCAGGCUGGGCCGAGGAUUUGCCUUGGGAAAGAGAUGGCUUUCUUGCAGAUGAAGAGGGUGAUUGCUGGUGUGUUGCAGCAGUUUAGGGUGGUGGCGGCGGCGGAAAAGGAGCCUGAAUUCAUAACAGACCUGGCAGCUAAGAUGAAGGGUGGUUUUCCAGUGAGGAUUGAAGAGAGGAACUAGUUAAUAUUUUGUGUUUACUAAGAUUUGAACCUCUGUAUUUUAGUACAGUGGCUUUCUAUAAUAUUUCAAAUAAAACUAACUGUAGAAAAAUGGCAAUCUCAGCCCUUAACACAUACCAGAAAACAAGAUUUUGGAGAAACAAAGGGAACAAAAGAUGCAGUGAUCAAAUAAAAUGAAAAUCAAGUA